GGGGGCCGGUGGUGGAUCCCGGGACGUGGAGACCCGGGGUCCCGGCAGCGGGGCGGCCCGCGGGCCACGGCGGGGAUGCACCGUCGUGGGGUGGGAGCUGGCGCCAUCGCCAAGAAGAAGCUUGCCGAGGCCAAGUACAAGGAGCGAGGGACUGUCUUGGCUGAGGACCAGCUGGCCCAGAUGUCAAAGCAGUUGGACAUGUUCAAGACCAACCUGGAAGAAUUUGCCAGCAAACACAAGCAGGAGAUCCGGAAGAAUCCUGAGUUCCGGGUGCAGUUUCAAGACAUGUGUGCCACUAUUGGAGUGGAUCCUCUGGCCUCUGGAAAAGGAUUUUGGUCUGAGAUGCUAGGCGUGGGGGACUUCUAUUACGAGCUGGGUGUCCAGAUUAUUGAAGUGUGCCUGGCCCUGAAGCACCGGAAUGGAGGUCUGAUAACUUUGGAGGAACUGCAUCAACAGGUGUUAAAAGGAAGGGGCAAAUUCGCCCAGGAUGUCAGCCAAGACGACCUGAUCAGGGCCAUCAAGAAACUAAAGGCACUCGGCACUGGCUUCGGCAUCAUCCCUGUGGGUGGCACUUACCUCAUCCAGUCUGUUCCUGCUGAGCUCAAUAUGGAUCACACGGUGGUGCUGCAGCUGGCAGAGAAAAAUGGCUAUGUGACUGUCAGUGAUAUCAAGGCCAAUCUUAAAUGGGAGACGGAGCGAGCGCGGCAAGUGUUGGAACACCUGCUGAAGGAAGGGCUGGCUUGGCUGGACCUGCAGGCCCCAGGGGAGGCCCACUACUGGCUGCCAGCUCUUUUCACUGACCUCUACUCCCAGGAGAUUACAGCGGAGGAGGCCAGAGAAGCGCUCCCUUGACUGGGAAUGAAGUGGGCACCGCAACAGGCAGGGAGACGAGGGAGGAGCUGGUGGUGAAUAAAACCUGGACAACUUUGUUUUAAAAAAGAACCAAAAAACCCCCCCAAAAAAUUCCAAGUUUUUUUCUUCCCCCAAUAUUCUUCAUUCAUUGCUUUAUUUUUUAAAGUGCCUUCACAUUGCAUUUUUAUUGGAGAAAACCUUGUUUAUCCACUAAGGAUAACCUGAGUAACAGAAAACCGUGAGCACGUAUAAAAUGACUUGCACAGGUCAUCCACCACAAGGUCAUGGUCGAGCCGGGCCUAGAAUGAAGGCUGCCUUGUCUCCUGGCUAGGACAGUCUAGUCCCUGUAGCCCUAAGACAUAAAUUCUAGUCUCUGUUAAUUCCAGCCCCUUCCUCAUUAAGAUGUUCCUUAUCUCAAAUGAGCAGACCCUAACAGGCCAAUAAAUAUUCAGUCUCUUCUA